AUGCUUAAUAUGAGUUCAAUGCUGAGAGCACACAGAUGACUAGACAUCUUGUUUCUGCGAUUUCUUCUUAUGGUGGGCUGCCAGAAUCCUUGGAGACACUCAAGCCACGCAAUGGAGAAACUGACCUUUGAGGAUGUAGCUGUGAACUUCACCUCUGCAGAGUGGGCUUUGCUGACUCCAUCCCAAAAGAAGCUCUACAGAGAUGUGAUGUGGGAAACACUUAUGAAUGUUAAUGCUAUAGGAAGAACAUGGGAUAACCAGCAAGUUGAAGCAAUGAACAAAAUUUGCUCAAGAAAUCUAAGAUAUGAUACAGAGAAUUAUUUGAGAUUUGAAGAGAAGAUAUAUAAAUGCAAUGAACAUGGAAGUAACUGCAGUGUUUUCCAGUCCAUUCAGAAACAUAAAAUGAGAAAGACUGGAGAGACACCAGAUCAAUAUGGACAGUGUGGGGAGGCCAUCUCUGAUCUUAGUGAACAAACUCACACUGGGCAGAAAGUGUUUGUAGGUAAGAAAGUUAUGAAGGCCCCCACAACGCCAAAAGAUGUUCAGUUCCAUAAAAAUAAUCAGAGUUCGGGGAGUCCACAUGUACACAAAUACUGUGAGAAUAGUUCUAAUUCUUUAUACCUUCCCCAAAAGUUUGAAAGAAGACAUGCUGAAGAGAAACCCCAUGUAAGUAAGAAAUGUGUAAAUGCAUCAGUUGUUAGUAAUUCCUAUCCAAAACAUAAAAAAAUUCACACUGGGGAGAAACGUUAUGUAUGUAAUCAGUGCAGAAAAGAAUUUUCUCAUAAGUCUUCAUUUUAUAGACAUAGAUCAUCCCACAUGGGAGAGAAAAAAUAUGCAUGUAAGCAAUGUGGGAAAGCAUUCAGCAGGAACAGUGUCUGUCAGAAUCAUGAAAAAACUCACACUGGGGAGAAAGCUUAUGUAUGCACAAAAUGUGGAAAAAAAUUCAGUACAAUCACAGAUUAUAAAAUACAUAAUAGAAGACACACUGGGGAGAAACCCUAUUUAUGUAAGCAAUGUGGGAAAUCCUUCAGCCAAAAAGGUAACCUUCAUGUACAUGAAAGAAUUCACACUGGGGAGAAACCCUAUGUAUGUAUUCAAUGUGGGAAAGCAUUCAGCCAAAAUUGUGACCUUGUAGUGCAUGAAAGAAUUCACACUGGGCAGAAACCUUAUGCAUGUAAGCAAUGCGGGAAAGCAUUCAGAAGAAAUGGUAAACUUGUACUACAUGAAAGAACUCACACUGGGGAGAAACCCUAUGCAUGUAAGCAAUGUGGAAAAGUAUUCAGCCAAAGCUGUUACCUUGUAGUACAUGAAAGAAUGCACACUGGGGAGAAACCCUAUGCAUGUAAGCUAUGUGGGAAAUCAUUCAGCUCACAUAGUCACUGUCAACGUCAUGAAAGAAUUCACAAUGGGGAGAAACUCUACACAUGUAAGCAAUGUGGGAAAGCAUUCAGCGUAAGUGAUAAACUUGUAGUACAUGAAAAAAUUCACGCUGGAGAGAAACCUUAUGUAUGUAAGCAAUGUGGGAAAGCAUUCAAUGAAAAUGGCCACUUGCAAAGACAUCACAGAAUUCACACUGGGGAAAAACCCUAUGCAUGUAAGCAAUGUGGGAAAUCUUUCACUCGAAAUUGUGCCCUUAGAGUCCAUGAAAGAAUUCACACUGGGGAGAAACCCUAUAUAUGUAAGCAGUGUAGGAAAUGUUUCAGGAACAGUGAUAGCCUUAGAGUCCAUGAAAGAAUUCACAGUGGGGAGAAACCCUACAUAUGUAAGCAGUGUGGGAAAACAUUCAGUCAAAAUAAGAGCCUUAGAGUCCAUGAAAGAAUUCACACUGGGGAGAAACCCUAUGUGUGUAAGCAAUGUGGGAAAUCUUUCAGUCAAAAUGGUGCCCUUCUCCUACAUAAAAGAAUCCACACUGGGGAGAAACCCUAUGUAUGUAAGCAAUGUGGGAAAACAUUCAGUCACAAUAGUAACCUUAGAGUCCAUGAAAGAAUUCACGCUGGGGAGAAACCCUAUGUGUGUAAGCAGUGUGGGAAAUCUUUCAGGAAAAAUAGUGCACUUAGCACCCAUGAAAGAGUUCACACUGGAGAGAAGCCCUGUUUAUAUAAGUGGUGUGGGAAAUCUUUCAGAGAAAAUAGUAAACUUAGUGUACAUGAAAGAAUUCACACUGGGGAGAAAAAUAGUAAACUUAGCAUCCACGAAAGAGUUCACACUGGAGAGAACCCCUAUGUAUAUAAGUUGCGUGGGAAAUCUUUCAGGAAAAAUGGUAAACUUAGCAUAUAUGAAAGAAUUCAUACUGGGGAGAAACCCUAUGUAUGUAAGCAGUGUAGGAAAUGUUUCAGGAACAGUGAUAGUCUUAGAGUCCAUGAAAGAAUUCACACCGGGGAGAAACCCUAUGUAUCUCACACUCACCUGAAUCCAGAUGAUUAUUUAGGAUGUGAAGAGAAGCCGUAUAAAUGCAGUGGACAUGGAAAACCCUACACGGAUACUCAGUUCUUUCAAAAGCAUGAAACAAGAAAGACUGGAGAGAAACCCUAUCGAAAUGAGCACUGCUGGAAAGUCUCCUCCGAUCUUAGUGAGAAAACUUACCCAGAAGAGGAGAUGUUUUUAGACAUACAAGAUCCCACGCUGGUGAGAAAUCUUAUGUACAUAAGCAAUGUGGAAAAGGAUUUGCCGAUAACUCGACGUACCAGAGACAUACAAGAUCCCACAAUGGUGAGAAGCUCCAUGUAUGUAAGCAAUGUGGGAAAGCAUUCAGCAUAUGCGGUCACUGUCAAAGACAUGAAAGAAUGCAGUGGGGAGAAGCACUAUGUUUGUGAACAAUAUGGGAAA